GAUGUAUAACAGUGUAAAUUUCAUUACUUCAGAGGUACAAAACCCAAAGCCUAUGCCACUGCUGACGCCCAGAGAGAUCCUGUACAUCUGUACAAGCUGUACAGCCAGAAACGACCGGACGAAAUGUGCAAACCUGACAGCCCAUUCUUCCUUACACCAAAUGAUAAACCACAGAGAUGCUGGUUCAAAAAAACCCCACUUGGAAUAAAUAAACUUUACAACAUUAUGAGAGACAUGAAGGCUGAAGCAGGAAUUGAAAAUCCCAGAAUAACGCCUUACAGCUCCAGAAAACAUCUGGUUCAAACUCUAAACGAUGCUGGGGUCCCUGCCAACCAAAUCAUGCAAAUUUCUGGUCACAAGAAUGUGAAUUCUAUAAACAACUACAGUAAAAUCAACAACGACCAGUCGAGAAAUAUUUCUAAAAUACUGUCGAAUCAGAGAAAUGAAACCAACCUUCAAACUCAAGGAAGUGGUGCUGCCAGUGCUCCGGAGCCAUGGACUGGGCCUUUCGGAUCCAAUCGCUCUCGCAGUCUUUUUGCAAGCAGCACUUUCCACGGACCUGUGACUUUCAAUUUCCACAGUACAUCUGUAUCGGAAACACUGUCACAAAUGUCCACAGUUAACGUAGGCCGAAGUAAUGCAACUGCUGAAGAGUCCGUUUCCAACAUGCUCGAUUCGCCAGUUGCCACUGCCAGACCAUUCAAACGAAUAAGAAUGAUUCCAGAAAGUGACAGUGACUAACUGUAACACUCACGACACGAGAGUUUACAUAUAAGUCCAUUUAAAAUCCCACUGUUACACUGUUCGUAUUGUUUCUCCAGUUAUUUGUUCUAACUGUUUACCGAUUGACUGAAGUAAAACAAAAUGGCGGACUCGAAUUUUGACAAGCGCAAGUGCGCGUAUCUGCGCGUAUGAAUUUCACACAUUGUUUGUUUAAAUAUAUCUGAAGUUACAUGAAUAAAAUUUUUGAAGUACCAAAUAUAUUAUUUAUAUCCCUUACAAAUAAAUUAAUCUCCUUUCUUCUGUUAGACAAAACACAACCUGGACCAAAUUUGUAGAACUAUUUGGGACGCAUAACACAGCGCUGACAGUCGUAAACAGUGGGGCUCCCUGCGGGGGAAUUUUUAAAAAGUAAAACGAUUUUAUAAAAGAAACCACUGAAUAAGCAUGAAAUAAACAGAAAAUUUGUUUGUUUCGGUGAAAGAUCGAAAUUUAUUUCAUCUCGUGAACAUCACAUGUUAAUAUUUUCACUCGUGGCUUCGCCACUCGUGAAAAUAUUCAUGUGAUGUUCACUCGAUGAAAUAAAUUUUCGA